CAGAGGACAGCAUCGAAAAAAGAAGGAAAAAAAAUCUAGUCGUGCGGUGGCAGUUACAUCCGAUCCUUUCUACAGUAAAAACCCUAUAAUAUUUUUAUAGUUUAAAGUGAAAGCGGAGUGUGUUGUAAUGGGUUACUUUCAGCCCAGUCUCUUCUCGCCAUAAACCACGCCUGGUCGAUGAUUGCCACAGCCACCGUGGGUUAUCUCCUGUGGUGACUUCAAACUCAAGGGCUUUCUUCCCCCUGCAUCUCAAGAACCAGUGAUUGCACUGUUUCUGCAAAACCCUCUUUUCUCUUAUAUUUACCUUUCUUUCCUCCUCCUUCUACAUCAAACUGUCCUGUUACCCCUGUAAAGUCCCGCCUUUGGAGACAAAAUGGAGGACACCUACAAUAACAGGACUUCCCUGGUUAAGGGGGCCAAGGACAUGGCCAAAGAGGCCAAGCGACAUGCAGCAAAGAAAGCCAACAAAGUGGUAGACCGUGCCACAGAUGAGUACUCAACUCAUCGUAACUACACACGAUUCCAAAAUGAAGAAGAUGAAGAUGAGGAUUUCUAUCGGAACUCACAAGGUCAAGAUGGACAGGGCUACCAUGACAAUGAGGAGGGCUCCAGCGAUGCCACAGAAGGUCAUGAUGAUGAGGAUGAGAUUUACGAGGGAGAGUACCAGGGGAUCCCCUCAGCAGGAGACAGUAAGCAUAAAGAGGGCCAGGUGGCGCUGGGACAACCAAUGUCGGAUGCUACAAAGGACCGUAAUGAGCUGGAGCAGGAAAGGCAGGCUGAUGAAGAGGAGCUGGCCCAGCAAUAUGAACUGAUCAUUCAGGAAUGUGGACAUGGGAGGUUCCAGUGGCAGCUGUUCCUGGUACUGGGACUGGCACUUAUGUCAGAUGGGGUAGAGGUGUUUGUGGUGGGCUUUGUGCUGCCCAGUGCAGAAACAGACAUGUGUGUGCCCAACUCCAGCUCAGGAUGGCUAGGCAGCAUUGUUUACUUGGGGAUGAUGGUUGGAGCAUUCUUCUGGGGAGGGAUGUCUGACAAAAUGGGCCGCAGACAAUGCCUCCUCAUUUGCAUGUCUACAAAUGGCUUCUUUGCCUUCCUGUCAUCUUUUGUUCAGGGAUAUGGCCUCUUCCUUCUCUGCCGUCUCGUUGCAGGCUUUGGGAUAGGAGGUGCUGUGCCCAUUGUUUUCUCCUUCUUUGCAGAGGUGUUGUCCAGGGAGAAAAGAGGAGAACACCUCAGCUGGCUGUGCAUGUUCUGGAUGAUUGGAGAGAUCUAUGCAUCUGCUAUGGCCUGGGCCAUCAUACCACACUAUGGUUGGAGCUUCAGUAUGGGCUCAGCAUACCAGUUUCACAGCUGGAGGGUGUUUGUAGUUGUUUGCGCACUGCCAUGUGUGUGUGCUGUGGUCGCUCUUACCUUUAUGCCAGAAAGUCCAAGAUUCUACCUAGAGGUGGGGAAGCAUGAUGAAGCCUGGAUGAUCCUCAAACAGAUCCACGACACCAACAUGAGAGCACGUGGGCAGCCGGAGAAAGUCUUCACCGUAAACAGGAUCAAGAUCCCCAAACAGCUGGAUGAGUUAGUUGAAAUGGAAUCGGAAUCUGGAAAUCCUGUUUCCAAGGUUUUCUUUAGGAUAAAGGCUGAAGUACAUGGGAUCUAUCUGAACCUUAUGAAAUGCUUCAACUACCCCAUGCAAGAAAACAUGAUGCGACUGGCUGUAGUGUGGUUUACUUUGUCAUUUGGGUAUUAUGGGCUCUCUGUCUGGUUUCCUGAUGUCAUCAAACACCUUCAGGCAGAUGAAUAUGCCUCUAAAGUUAAAUUCUACAGCGAUGAGCGCAUUGAAGGCUUUACCUUUAACUUCACCCUGGAGAACCAGAUCCACAAAAACAGCCUCUUCAUUAAUGACCAAUUCAUCAAUAUGAAGCUGAAGUCGGUCAGCUUUGUCGACUCAACCUUUCGAAACUGCUACUUUGAUGACGUGACCUCAGUGGGCUCCUUCUUCAGGAACUGCACUUUUGUCGAUGCAUUCUUCUUCAACACAGAUAUUGAUGAUUCCAAGUUGAUUGAUGGCACAGAGGUGAUCAACAGCACUUUCACCCACAAUAAGACAGGAUGCCAGAUGACAUUCGAUGAUGACUACAGUGCGUACUGGGUUUACUUUAUCAACUUCCUGGGCACCUUGGCUGUUCUGCCCGGAAACAUUGUGUCUGCCCUUCUCAUGGACAAAAUUGGACGCCUGUCCAUGUUAGGUGGCUCCAUGGUUCUUUCUGGCAUCAGCUGUUUCUUCUUGUGGUUUGGCACCAGUGAGUCCAUGAUGAUUUUCAUGUUGUGCUUGUACAAUGGCCUGAGCAUCUCUGCCUGGAAUUCGUUGGAUGUGGUGACCACUGAAUCCUUCCCAACUGUCAGGAGGGGAACAGGCUUUGGGUUCUGUAAUGCUCUUUGUAAGCUGGCUGCAGUCCUGGGAAACCUGAUUUUUGGUUCUCUUGUCGGCAUCACCAAGGCCAUCCCGAUCCUCUUGGCAUCAUCUGUGCUUGUGGGGGGAGGCCUGGUUGGACUCCGGUUGCCUGACACCCGGGCGAAUGUCCUCAUGUAACAUCAGUGUCAGGUUUGCCAACUAGGAUAAAAACCAGUGAGUCCUUGAGGAAGCUCAGAAAGCUUUAGAGAAAGGAGUGCAAGUUUUUUGCUUCAUUAGUUUCUUACUACUAUCAGUCAAAUAUAACUUAGGUUUCAUUAUACAAACCACAUCCUUGUUAUGUUAUUAUAGGCUCAGUUAUUAAGUAGACAAUUUGUCUGGAAGUUUCACAUAACUGAAAUGAGAAUUUGUCUAGGUUUCGAAGCUGACACUUUAGUUGAAGUUUUGUUUGUAUGGUUUCACCCUCUAGCUGCAGUCAUAACCUUGCAUGAAGACACAGCAUGGUUGGAGCUCAAGGCUUUUAAUAUUGAUACAGUCUUAUUAAGACAAGCCAGAUGGAGAGAAAAGUGAAAAACAAGCUGUAAUGAGCACAACCAACCUGCUGUGUGACAACGCAGGGAAUACAUGAUCAGGCAGAGCGGACUCAUUGACAGCUGGUUUACUCACCGAACCCACACACACAGCACUGGGCAUGUGUGCAGGAAAUCAUCAUACAGAAAUGAAUAAAAAUAAUUUUAAGAAAUUAAAAAAAAAAAAGAAGAAAUGAACAAGUACAUAACUCUCAGUUGCCAUCAUACACUUUUCAGCCUAAUACUUAAAUGAAACUGCACACAUAAUACUGUAUCUUGAUCCAUGAUAUUUUCUCUGACAUCUUCAACCUUUCUAAGUAGAUCAUUUGUAUAGGAGACUGAGCCCUUUGAAUUAUGCACCCGUCUCUGAAUCAAAAAGGCCAUACUGAAA